AUGACCUUGGCUGUUUCGGGGUCAAAACGCAAGCUGAAAACCAGAUCCACCCCACGAAAACGUCUCAAGACUAGCCACGGGACUGCGGAUAGUCUGCCAUGGAAGAAGGUUGCGCGACCUCUGGACACUGGGAUGGCGGAUGACGACGGUAUUCUUGAGCUGGAGGAAGUUGACAAUGUCGAGAUUGUCUACGAAGAGACGGAAGGGGGAAGGGUCAUGAAAUUCGCCGUUGUUCAAAACGAACAAGAUGAAGAAGAGCAAUCGACAGAAGAGGCGCUUUCGGAGGAGCCGCUCGAGUCUACAAAUUACCCUGAACCAGAACCAUUCGAUGCGCUAAAUUUGUUACCGAACUGGAAUCAGCACCAGCUGCAUCCGCAAUUAUUUCGUGUUCUGCACGCAAAACAAUUUCUGUCGCCGACCCCGAUCCAAGCGGCAGCAUUGCCUAUAGCUCUUUCUGGACGCGAUGUUGUCGGUGUUGCUCAAACUGGUUCGGGUAAAACUCUCGCUUACGGACUUCCCAUACUCCAUCGCCUCCUCACCUCCGCUCGUCAACGGCCUGCGAAAUCGAGGCGUCCUCUUGGUGCUCUGAUAUUGGCUCCCACUCGCGAGCUCGCCUUGCAGGUUUCUUCACAUCUCAAUGCGUUCCUCAACUCAAUCGACACUGAGACCGAGGAGUCGCAACAACCCCGUCCUCCGCCUCUUGUCAGUGUUGCUGCAAUUGUCGGUGGGAUGUCGGCUCAAAAGCAACGGCGUAUUCUUGAACGUGGGGUUGAUGUUUUGGUUGCUACGCCUGGUCGGUUAUGGGACAUAAUCGAAGAUGAUGACGGACUAGCUGGACAAAUUCGGAAGCUCAAGUUUCUUGUGCUUGACGAGGCGGACAGGAUGAUUGAGGCUGGACACUUUGCAGAGUUGGAGAACAUCCUGCGUCUCACUCUCCGUGAAUCGAAAGACGACCAAAUAGAAGCUGAAACCGAAGAAACCCCCCUUCCUCAAGAUGGUCUUCAAACUUUUGUCUUCUCUGCGACGCUCAGCAAAGACCUACAACGAAAUCUCAAGCGCCACACACGCCCCAAAUACAAUGGCAAGAAGAAUGCAGGCAAACCAGCCUCAACGUUGGACGACCUCCUGCUUCGCCUCGACUUCCGUGAUUCUUCUCCGGAAAUCAUCGAUCUCAGUCCUGAAGGUGCCCUCGUGUCAACCCUAAAGGAGAGUAAAAUAGAGUGUUUAUCGACCGAUAAAGAUGUAUACCUCUACUACUUCUUGUUGCGCUACCCAGGACGUUCCCUCGUCUUCCUUUCGGCCAUUGACGGGAUUCGCCGCCUGCUUCCUCUCACCGAGCUUCUGAAUAUAAAGGCGUUUCCGCUGCAUUCGCAACUAGAACAGCGUCAGCGCCUCAAGAACCUCGAUCGAUUCAAGUCGACCCCAAAUUCUGUCCUUCUAGCGACGGACAUUGCCGCGCGGGGGCUUGACAUCGCUGCUGUUGACCACGUAAUCCACUACCAGAUCCCGCGAUCGGCCGAUGCGUAUGUCCACCGAAAUGGCCGAACCGCGCGAGCGAUGCAGAAAGGAUUCAGCAUGCUGAUGUGUGCGCCGGAUGAGCGGCGGAUUGUUCGGACGCUGUUGGGAAGUCUAGGACGCCAGGAAAGCGACAUUCCCGAAAUGGAUGUCGACCUUACGUUGCUCGACCAGCUCAAGGCCCGUGUCCAACUGGCCCGGCAGAUCGAGACUGCCAACCACAAAGUCAAGAAGGCAAACCACGAGCGGAAGUGGCUGAAGGAGGCAGCGGAGGCGUUGGAAGUCGAGAUCGACUCUGACCUGAUGAGUGACUCGGAGGACGACGAGAAGCCUACAGCACGACAGCACAAGGCCCGCGACUCAAAAAACGCCAGUCUCAAAGCAGAACUGCGAAAAUUACUGGCUAAGCCGCUUAUUGCGCGAGGCGUGUCCACCAGAUAUAUCACUUCAGGAAGCCAGCCGGUUGUUGAUGACCUGCUGGCGGGCGAGUUUAACGAAGCGAUAGUGGGAGUCAAAAAGACGGAGGCAGGAGAUGAUGUCGUCUUGAGGCGGAAGCGGAAGAAGACGAACAAACCCAAAACGGCCGUCGUAUCUCCGGUUGAUGAUGGUGAAGAGUGGACUGGGAUAUCGACUGAAUAA